AUGAAUUUGGAUAAUAGUCAAUUGACAAAGUACCUCAUUGCCGCAUUUGACCCUGAAACGAUGGAAGUGAAUCCGUCUGAAGAAAUCUGGUCCUUACGCAUUUUGGCCAUGCAGAUUUCUUUACAAAAUCCGUUUUCCUUUUUCUGUAUUGAUGAGUUUGAGGGCAAACCGGACGACAACUAUUUCUUUUCAGGCGAAAUGUCCAAUCCACGGCUACACUUGGAGCAUCCCCUGGUGGGCUUUUGGUUAAUUUGCUCCGAGUUGUUUGACUAUCCUUGGAUUAAUGAGUUUCUGUUGGAGUAUUACAACGACCCGCCAUCCGCAAUUGUCGACGCAAUCAAACAAACAAGAAGUGGCCAGUCUCUCAACAAAGCUCCAAAUCGAGUAUCAGUGAAGGAACCGGAUCCGCCUUGUAUUCAAAAAAUAUACGAUCUGAUGUAUUCUAUUGACGAACCAGGCACGGAUGUUCAAGGCGAUUCCACCAGCUCCAAGGGGGACCAGGUGCAAAACUCAAAUCGCUUUGCACCUCUACAAAGUGACGAUUACUCGUCUGACGGUAGUGGAAUUGAAGAAAUCGACGAGGUUGAAGUGGUGGCGGUAAAAAAGAAUGACUCCAAGGCUCUUGAGUCGUCGGAUGAAGAGGAAGACACUGAUGCUGACGACACUUACGACAGGGAGAACAUUGUGGACGACGCAAUGGAGGAAGACGAUGAUGACAAACGGGCUGGGGCGAACCCGCACGAUGAGGCCAUGGACAACAACACUCUACCGUUGACUUCUCCUAAACUUACGGCAACACAAGACUCAGCAGGUACAAGGACCCUUAUGGAGCCCUCGGAAACAACUCCUUCUCGCGUUCAACGUCCCCCAACACUGGCCGAACGGAUCUCGAACCUCGUUCAGGUGAACAUGGAAGGGACACCAGGCAAAUGUCACAUCUUUGAGACUACUUUCGCCGUGGACUAUCAAGGGUCGGGUUCAGGAACUGUGGCGGAGGCGCUCUUGUCGACAGUUCUGAACUCUAUGGAGGAAGCCAUCAACAAUUCCCCUAAUGAAUUCAAGCUUCUUCCGAUCUCUGAUACCACAUAUAAGCAACCGAAUCUUUGGACUCAAAACUCAGUAGAUUUACGUAAUCGCAUUUCGACUUAUCGCGCUCUGGCGACUUACUGUGAUAUGGAAUACGGUAACUGUCCCUACGCGGCAACCAACAGCAAGCCGGGCAAGAAGAAACUACGCACACGCAUUCGCGUUGGCUUCUCGGCUGAGGCUUUGGUCGAGGCCGUCCAAGACUAUCUUCAUACCGGAUUACAUCAAUUGGGGAGAGGUGCUGGGUGCUACCCUUCUCCCUUGCAGUAUGGAGAGAUUGUGAAGAUCGGAUCAUGCUCGUUUAUUCCUGCAGAAGUCAACUUCUCAGCUUAUGCAAAGGAGCUGAUGAGACUAUUUGAUUUCGAAGUACUGAUUGGUAUCAAGAUGGACUGGGUUUCUAUUCCGUACACGGGCCGAGCAAAGUACGGCGAACGGUCCCCCGGAGUGACUAGUCCACAUUGCUUCACUCGGAGGAUUCAUGCCAAGAGAGUUGAUAUAAAACUCAAAAAUCAAAAAACAAAAACUAAAAGGUAG